CUCGCUCGAAGAUCGUGCAGACGAUCCCGACAUCCAUUUCCAAUCUUUCGUGUCUCGACUCCUUUACCGGGAUCUUUCCUUUCCCUCCGCUUUCCAUCAACACAUGCCUCGCCAUCGUCCUCAACGCCGCAAUUGAGGUUACCGUCUCUGCUGUCGCUCCCGCGGAUAUUGGCUGCCUCCACUUUGAGAGCCUAGACCACUUGAUUCCUGCAAAAUGACAUGACCGCACACGUCACGCCCUCAGUACGAGAAAAUGGACGAAAUCUUGGGCGAAGACCUGCCCAUCGCGCCGGCCAGGCUCUUCGAACGUCUGUCCCAAGUCCCGAAUUAUACUUGGGAUCGCUCGGUAUAUUUGACAAUGAUUUGAAACACGAGAUGAAUGCUGAUUCGGGGUUGAUUGCAGUUCGUGCCGUUCCACACCAGCUACGAUCACUGGCAUGUCUACGGCGUCCUGCACAAUCCAGAGGUCGUCAACCCGCGCGAGUCAAUCAGUACCCUAACCAGCUUUUCCGCCCUGUCCGGUUCCACCAGAAGCUCCCCGAAACUCGAUCCUCAUCGUCCCGCACUUCGACACCAUCAUUGGAGUAGUAUUAGCGGUACUUCAACCGACAGUGAGAAUUUGUCCUCCAAAGGCGACCCGGACCCGAUAUGGAUGCCUGUGGUGGCGCGCAUCAGCACGCACGUGUUGCGUCUAGAAAGAGAGUUCUAUUAUAACCAGGCUAUCGUGAAGGAUGCCGAUCCAGAGUGCGAGCAUACCAUCCGACCGAUCGAGAUCUUCAAACUACCUACCACGCCAGGCGAUACCCGGCCCAUAGUCGUCUGCGUAUACGAAGCUCCCGGCAAAAAUUAUCUGCGGGAGGUUCUGGACAUGGGGCCAGCGUUCUAUGGCCUCAAUAACCACAGGAUGAGUGUCGCGGCCGACGGGACCCCCGGAGAGAGGAUACCACUUCAGGCAUUUCUAGAUUUCGCCGUCGGUGCCGCGGAGACGCUUGAGCUGUUGCAUCACGGCGCCAAUAGCGUCCAUGGAGAGGUUCGCUCAGACACUUUCCACUGGAACCGGGAAACAGGGACCGUCAAACUGGCUAAUGGUGGGAACGGGCCUCGAGCUUUCGAAAAUCUGCUCUCGAGUGAAGGGUGGGCCAACCUCAGCCGUGAGAUCGGGGUCAAGAACAAACUGCAUUUUAUUGCUCCUGAGCAAACCGGGCGGUUACCAGCGGAACCCGACAGUCGCACAGAUAUCUACAGUUUGGGGGUUCUCUUUUGGACAUUGCUCACCGGACAACCCGCCUUUGAUGCAGAAACUCCUAUCGACAUUGUCCAGCGUGUUCUCACGCACCGUCUUCCCUUGGUCACCGCAAUACGCAUGGAUGUUCCUGAUGCUAUUGCACAUAUCAUUGCAAAGAUGACCCAGAAGCAAAUGGAUGAGCGAUAUCACUCAAUGAGCGGUCUCAGGUAUGACUUGGUACAGAUCCAGAAGUUUUUAGGCGAAGGCGAUCAGGAAAAGAUCAAGAACUACAAGGUUGGGCAACGAGAUGUCUCGUCAUUCUUCAUUCUGCCAACCAAACAAUUUGGCCGACAUGCCGAGACGGAACGUAUCACCAAGAUUAUUGAUAAGGCUCACAAGCGGCACAGUUCGUCUGGCACGAGGCCAUCCCCUUCGCAACAUGGUCUCUUGAGUGCCGGGUCCAAUUCCUCCGUUUCGGACAGUCGCGUGGAUGGAGCUGAAGAAGCCCCGGGUUCUGAUGAUUCAAGCUCAUUUGGUUUCCGUGAGUCUCGCAGUAAUUCCACCACCAUUGGAUUGGAUGGUGUCCAUACUCCAGGAUAUGGUAACAAGACCAACCUGCUGGGAAAGCGUCCUCGCGGCAUCGUCGAUUCCAGAAUCACACCCCUGGACGUCUUAUCCGACCGGGACAGCAAUUUCUCGGGGGGCUUGCAACCUGCAAAUGAUAUGCUACCUGGGAUGAUGACUCGAAGAAGAAACAGUCACAAGUAUAAGCGACGGUCAAAGGCCGAAGUCAUAACCAUCCUGGGGCCGGCUGGAGUCGGCAAAACUGCCCUGAUCAAGGCCGUGCAACCUGUCAUCCGUCGCCAUGGUUAUUUUGCACUCGGCAGAUUCGACAGGGCUCGGCCUUCUCCUUUUGAACCACUGAUCAAGGCCAUGGCAAGUCUCUUCCGUCAGAUAUUCUCCGAGAAAGAUGUCAAUACGCCAUAUCACGAGCAUCUUCGAGCCCAUGUGACGCCCUUUUGGCCAAUCCUCCACUCAAUGUUAGAUCUACCUUCCACUUUGCUUGAUGUUACUGUCCUCUCCAAGAAGCUCUUGGUGAAAACCGAUACCACAAAUCAAAGCGUCAACACCGAGGUUCCGACGAUCGACAGUGGUGGUCCGAAGACGCAUACAAUUCCACCUCACCAUGGAACGUGGGACGCCAACGACUUUCUACGUGGCCCAGCAAACACCAAAUCCAUUCGACUCAUCAACACGUACAUGGACGUCUUACGCACAAUCUGCACAGGGAAGUUGAUCUGUGUCUGCUUAGACGACCUACAAUAUGCAGAUAGUGAAUCCAUCGAACUGCUGAUGCAUAUCAUCAAAGCGAAGGUGCCGGUUGUGCUUAUGUUGUCGAGCAGAGUGGAGGAUGGAAACGUUCCUGAACCGACGGUCAAACUUCUCGAUCUCGAUUCUACCAACAAGAUCGAAUUGGCCAACUUGCGCGAAAGGCAUGUCUUCGAGUAUGUAGCAGCAACAAUGUCUCAACCUGUGGAGACGGUCUUACCACUUGCGGCCGUUGUCUACGCCAAGUCGGAAGGAAAUCCGUUCCUCGUCAAGGAUAUUCUCCAAACAUGCUAUCAACGGAACUGUUUAUGGUAUGAUUGGAAAGAAUCAGGCUGGCAGUUUGAUCUAGACAAGAUUUUCAAUGAGUUCAGCACUGAAGGCUGCACGGACAAUGGGUAUCUGACCCGCCGGCUGCAGGAAUUGCCACCCGCCGCAAGGUCGAUCCUUGCAUGGGCUUCUUUGAUCGGGACCACCUUCUCCUUCAAACUGAUUCAGUCCAUCAUGACCGGGGAUUUCUUCUACAGCAGCGGAAGAGAUCAAACGCAUGAUGCAACCUGCCCCAAACGUGCCAAGUUAUUCAAUCUAUCGGAGACUGACUGCAUCAAUGGACUUCAACAACUGGUCAACAUGUACAUAAUAAAUCCAGGUGAGACCGACGACGAAUUCCGCUUUGCACAUGGGCGAUACUUGAAAGCGGCGAACGAAAUGCGCGAGUGUCAGAACACGACCAAGAUGCAUUUCAUCAUCGCGCAAGCUAUGAUGACGUACCUCAGCCAGUGCAAGUAUAAUUUGUACCCUUUGGCACGCCACAUUUGUCUGUCUGCAGAAAUCGUGAAAGAGAGGAUCCCGACUCGGAUGCGUUACCGCGAUGUCCUUUGGCGAGGAGCGCAGAAGGCAAUCGAAACCGGCGCGAAGGCUACGGGCCUUUGGUACUACAGGACAGCGCUUCAACUGCUGCAAGAUGACAAGUGGAACACGGACGACCCAGAUGUCUUUUAUGACGAAACUCUCCAACUUCACGUUAAUGCCGCUGAAAUCAUGUAUCUCCAGGGAGAGGAAGCGGAGGCUCUGGGACUUCUAAACGAGACAUUCGCUCACGCAAAGUGUUCGGCCGAUAAAACUAGGUCUUUCAUCCUGAAAGGACGUGUCCUGGCUUCUCAAGGGAAGUUCAUCGAAGCAUUCAUGAGUCAAAGAGAAUGUCUGGCAGAGCUAGGCCUUCCUCUACCAGAAACGACCUGGGAGGAAUGUGACGCUGAAUUCAAGAAGCUAGAGCUCAGACUACAACAACUUGACAAGGAGGCGCUUCUGACGGCUCCAUUGAGCGAAGACAAGACCGUAAUCGCCCUUGGUACCGUCCUCUCCGAAGCGCUUGGCGCUCUCUACUGGUCGAAUGCUUUGCUCUGGUACCAGCUCGUUAUUGCUUAUGUCAAUGCAAUUCUCGAUCGUGGCGUUUUUGUUCAGGCUGGAGUUGGCUUUACCAUGCUUGGUGCUGCUGCUAUCGGCCGUUUCAAGGACAUCGAGUUGGGCUUGUCUUAUGGUGAUAUUGCACAAGAAUUCUACACCAUGUUUGACGAUGCCUGGACACGAGGCAGAGGUUGGACUCUGUACACCCUUUUUAUUGGCCAUUACCAGACUCCGGUGCGAAACCUUCUCCCUAUUCUUGAUAGCGCACUCGAAUAUUCAUUGUCGUCCGGGGACAAGUUUGUCAGCAUCCUUAACAUUGGGGCCAUGGCCCUUUCAAGAUUUUGGGCAGGACAGGACCUGGCAGAGGUGGAGGCUUUCUGCACCUAUGGUCCAGAAGAGUUUGAUGACUGGGACAAAGAUCGGCGAGGUGGGACCCUUUUGACUGUGAUCAGACAAGUGUCACGGGCGCUGCAAGGAAAGACUAUAGCAGCGGACGCCGCCACUCUUCUCGAUGAUGAAGAUCAUCAGACCGAGUCAUGGUUGGUCGAUUGUGGCAAGUACGCCGCAAAUGCGCAACGUUCUUGCGACAUAUUCCACGCUUUGUCGCUUGUGGCUUACCAUCUGAUGGGAUACCAUGAGUAUGUCGUCAAAAAGGGGAGAGAGUUGAUCGCGGGAAGUCUUGACGAGCUUUGGUCUAACAGACCCGCUUGUGGCACCCGCUUCUACCUAGGUCUGUCUCUCAUCGCGCUUGCAAAAGAGAUGCCGGAAGAAGAACGAGGACCUUACAUCGAAGAAGCAAAGGAGAUGAAACGCUUUAUCGAUGACUGGGGAAAGGUCAACGACGUGAACUACUUUGCCUGGUCCAGGAUACUUGACGCCGCCAUUUCCGACGUAACCCGAGUCUACUACAACGUCAUUUCCAACCUCGAGAUGGCUAUUGACCAUUGCCAAGUUCACGGCUUCGCAAUGGAGGAGGCACUGGCAGUGGAAAUGCAGGCCGACUUCCUACUUUUGCGCGGAGCAAAGAGAGCCGGCAAGGUGAUGAUUCAAGAAGCCAUCGCCGCUUGGAACAGAAUCAAUGCGGCAGGGAAAGCUCGACAGCUUCAAGAGAAACAUGAGUGGCUGAUCAAAACCGCCACCACCUCGAGGACCAUGGACGCUACUACUCAAACACAGGAUUUGCAUUCAUUAAACGUCGGCGAAGAUGCACAGAUCCAGAACAAGCGCGAGUAUACAAACCAAUGGGUGCAACCGAAAGCCGCGGUCGCGACCCAAACACCUCAAGACGUCCCUGGCCUAGGCCUUGACAUCCUAGAUUUAACGUCUAUCCUGGAAUUCUCCCGCGUUAUAAGCUCAGAGCUCCAAAUCAACAACCUGCUAUCCAAGAUGAUUUCAGUCAUCCUGGAAUCGGUUGGUGGCCAAGCAGAAUUCUGCGCAAUCGUCAUCGACUCCGAGGAUCAAGGAUGGUGUGUUGCCGCAAGCGCAGACCACGAGACAGGUGUCAAGACUUACCCUGACGGGAUUCCUUUCUCGGAGGUCGACGAUCAGGCCGCCCAGCAGAUCACCCAUUAUCUCCUCCGGACUAAAGAAACUGUCUUUGUGCACAAUGUGCUCGAAGAUGAUCGAUUCUCCAAUGUAGGAGAUGCCUACUUGGCAAGGAACCCUCAUGGACGGUCAAUCAUUGCCAUACCUAUCAUCCAAGCUGAUCAUUUGAUGGGUGUCAUCCAUCUCGAGGGGCGGCCAAACGCCUUCACGCAGCGCAACAUGAUCGUCCUCAACCUUCUCACAAACCAAGUCGCCAUCUCACUGGGCAACGCACUUCUCUACAGAAAGGUUCGCAAAGUUAGCGCAUCGAACGCGAGCAUGGUCGAGUCUCAGAAGCGAGCCCUCGUGGCAGCGCGCGAGGCCGAAGCUAAAGCCAAGAAGGCGGAGGCCGAAGCUAUGCACAAUGUCAAAUUGAAGGAGGAGGCCGCUAAAGCGAAGUCAAUCUUCCUCGCCAACGUCAGUCACGAACUUCGAACUCCCCUUAACGGCGUGAUCGGCAUGUCUGAAUUGCUCAAGGGUACUCCUUUGAGUAAAGAUCAAGAGCAAUAUGCGGACAGCAUUCGAGUGUGUGCGGAUACAUUACUAACGGUCAUCAACGACAUUCUGGAUUUCUCUAAGCUCGAGGCCGGCAAGAUGCAGAUGUUUACGGUUCCUCUGAAUUUGAAAGAGACCAUCACCGAGGUGGUGCGGGCACUAGCAUACACCAACCAGGAACAUGGACUGAAGACCGUCGAAGACCUGCAGAUAGACGAUAACUUGGUCCUGGGUGAUCCAGUCCGCCUCCACCAAAUUUUCAUGAAUCUCCUAAGCAAUGCCUACAAAUUCACUCCCAAGGGCUCGGUCACAGUCAGGGCUCGGAAGAAUGCCGAAACGAGAGACAGGGUCAAGAUUACUUGCUCCGUUGCCGAUACUGGUAUCGGGAUCACGCAGGAGCAGCUCACGCGGCUGUUCCAACCUUUCUCGCAAGCCGACUCGUCGACGGCGCGUUCGUAUGGGGGUAGCGGCCUUGGUCUCAGUAUCUGCAAGGCCAUGAUAGAAAACGUGCUCGGCGGUAAGAUCUGGAUUGAAUCAACGCCCGGCAUCGGCACGACGGUUUCAUUCACGCUUACAUUUCACAAGGCACCGAAGAACAGCAGUGUGCCCAGUGAAAUUCCAAUCUCGGCCAAAGAUCCAGACCCGAUGGCGAAUUGGUCGCAGUCGGCCAGUCCUGAGACAGAGCAGAAGACUUACAGUUUCUGUGACCUGAGCAAGGUUCCCCGCGAGGAAUUGCGUGUUUGUAUUGCCGAAGACAACCAGAUCAACCGAAAAAUUGCCAUUUCGUUCGUCAAUCGGCUUGGCUUGAAAUGUGAGGCUUAUGAGGAUGGGAAGCAAGCUUACGACGCUUUGCAAGCCAAGAGUAAAGAAGGGAAGCCAUUCCACCUGGUUCUCAUGGAUGUCCAGAUGCCUGUGCUGGACGGAUACGAAGCGACCAAAGCAAUCAGAGCCGAUCCAGAUCCCAACGUAAGUCGAGUUCUGAUCAUCGCCAUGACGGCUUCGGCAAUUCGUGGCGACCGAGAGAAGUGUCUUGAGGCCGGGAUGAACGACUAUCUUGCCAAGCCAGUCCGGCAGACUGCUCUGAAAGCUAUGCUAGACGAGUAUCUCCACAGAACCAAAGUCCCGACAGAGACCUCGGCCAAGAGCCCUGAUCCCAACCCGGCCACUGUCGAUAGCGCCAACGGUUUGGUUCAAGACGGCAACAAAUCACCCAACUCGACUGCAAAUGGCGAACCAAAUGGCGAACAACCACCAAUGAGCCCGACAGAAAGACCGAAGUUGCGACGACCGUUCAAGAGAGUAAUGAAGAAAGUCGAAGCCAGCAUCGCAGAGGUCAGCGAACAGGCAAACAAGGAUUCUGAGACCUCGGUUGCAGAGAAUAAGGGAGAUGAGAAGCCCAGUCCUCCGAGUGGCAAAAGAGAAACAGACGAACUAGGGAAGAUCACCUCCGAGCAGGUUGCUCCCAAACCAGCGCUCCACAUUGGUAUGUCAGCCGCCAAUGGGCACGUCAAUGGUGAGGUGAAUGGAACAGUUCACGGCAUAGAGGAGUCGGUGCCACCACUGAUAUUGACGGAACGAUCAGCAAACGCAGACCAUACGAAGGCGGAACCCUCUUGAAGAGAUGGGAAGGACAUUCUUUAGACGCCUGGGGUUUGGCAUGAUGAUAUGAUGACAGCGUGCGGUGUACGGCGUUAUGAAGAUAGAAGGGAGAGCUGGAACGGCGGCGACCCGCCAUUAUUGUUGCAUCGACCGGCGCCAGCUGACUAGGUUUAUUCUUGCAUUUAUUCUUGGGGACAUGGACUGUGCACAUCGCACGUUUUUCCGUGGUCCUGGGCCUUGGGUGGAAAUACUUUUCGUACAGGUGCAUAUAGUGCUUAGCUGGGGGGGUUGGGAAUACCUCGACGCCGCUGCCACGGCGACUUGUGGUGGCGUGUAGUAGCUAUGCGUCGUUUCCUCCACAGGGAAUGAUGAAGACUUCUGUUCCAUCCAACCUGAAAUAACCGAG